AUGUCAUCCGGCAAGAUCAAAGUCUUCAUCAAAGCACUCGGCUUCUUUGUCCUGCACUUUGGCCGUAGUCCUGUCCAGCGUGUCGCCGCAUGCGGUCAUAGUUGGACGUGGCACAGUACCCCUGGUGCACAGAAGGUCGUGGUCCUGGGUGGAUCUUUCGCGGGCAUUGAGCUCACGCUGCCGACUGGAUACAAGGCUGUGUGGAUCGAGAAGAACUCUAAUCUCAACUACUCGUUCAACUCCCCAAGGUUUUCCGUUUUAACAGGACAUGAGCAGACAGCCUUCAUUCCAUAUGAUGGUGUUGCCAAAGGAGCACCCCCGGGAAUAUUCGCCCGCAUCCAGGACAGGGCGGUUGCGAUCACGGAGAAUCAAGUACUGCUAGCGUCCGGAGACCAUGUCGAAUACGCAUACCUCGCCAUCGAGACAGGGUCGUUUCAGCCAUUGCCUGUCCAGCUAGUGUCCACGGAGCUCAACGGGGCCUGUCAUGAGCUAAAGGGUGUUCAGCAGAUUAUCAUGGCCAGUCAGAAAAUUGCCAUCAUAUAUUGA